UUUUCAGGGAAAAUCGGUCAGUUACGGACGGAUCUUCAGCUACCUCUUUACUGUCUCAGAAUGAUGUCGACCAAAGCAGUCAACAUAAUCCUGCUGCUUCUCGCAGUGCAGAACAUCUGCGCCUUUGCAGAUAAUCUGUCCGACUACUACGAUACUUACUACGACAAGAAGACAAACAAACCAUCGCAGGGGAUUGCUGAUAUCAACGGUGGAAAUGUGAAUAAGAUUAACUUCAAAGGUAUCUCAUGUGGUUGCCAGAACCUAGGUUGCAGUUGCUGCGCAGGAAUCAGGAUAAAGAAGUUCAACUUCGACAAGGAAGCCUGUGCCUCGUUCAACUAUGUGCAACAAACUAAUGCUAUUACUGCGGCAGUGUCCUUAAACCAGAAACAGCUCUUGUCAACUUCCUUCCCAGUGAAAACUCCACCUCCAUUGUGCGUAUCGAUUCCUAACUUGCCCUCUGUGAAAUUGUGCGUUCGUUUCCACGACCUCGCCGUUGUUGCAAACAAAUUAAACGUCUGCGUCGACGUGGAAACCAAAAUAGCCAAAGUACCGACCCUGGCAUUGCACUUCAAUUGCCUGAAAAUAUAAGCGAACGAAAUUUUAUUAUUGUACAUACACUGAGAAUUUGAAGAUCGAACAAGUAUCGUGCAAAGGUAGCAGCUGUAAUGGUAUUGAAAAAAUGAAAAAUGAGGGUAAUGCAAAUGUUUCUUCGCUGACACCUGUGGAAGAAGCAAAACUUCUGAUUAUUUCAGCUGUUCACUUAAGCGUUUAAUUGUAAUUCAGUGAUACGAUUAUGAUAAGUAUAAAGAAACUGCCGUCGUGCCAGAAUUAAUUGCAUUGAUUUGUUGGUAUUCGUUUAUUUAAUUGUAUUAUGUUUUUAAUGAUAUCAUUGUUAUGUUGCGGGAUGUUAAAAUAAAGAUACUUCAACAAGUA